AACAGGCAGGUACGCGCGAUGCCCACGAGCGCAGCCCGGAACCGUCGAAACCGCUGCGCCGCGUAGGUUUAUCUCGUCGCCGUCGCCGCCGUAUUUACACGUACACCGCCGCGUAAUACCGCCGUGCGGAUAGUGCGUGUACGCUCCGCAACAGUGUAACGGCAGUCGUCGGCGCCCGUGGCCCGUCACUCGUUCGCUACCGUCCGGCGCGCGAACACGCUCAGAACGCACGCGAGUGACCGCCGCAUCCUCCCCCCCGCUCCGCACACCGGACCGGCAGCCCGCCCGCCCGCCCGCCCGCCCGCCGUUCCGACCGAGAUCACUCGUCGCCGAUUUUUUUUUCCGCGAGAACGAAAAUUACGUAUAUAUAUAUAUAUAUAAAAAUAAAAAAACAGAAAAAAUUCUUUUUUUUUCCGUUAAUUUUUUUUUUUUUUACAUUUUUUUCCCGCCGCUCUAUUCGGUCCGAAAACACCGCGCGCGCGCGAUCGUUCCGUCGCCGCAGUCGCGUAAUUUUAUUUCACGGCCAAUAAUAUUAUUAAUCGUUUCGCUUUUAUAGUAGCCCCGUCCGUUGGUGAUAACGACACUUGUUAAUUUUAUAUCAAUUCGAGUUUAUUGAAAAACACCAAUGUGCAUGGCUGAGUAAUGCGAUCAUCGAUCAACCAUGGCGCUUUUGUACAGGUUGGUUAAGUUGCCGGACCGUUUUCAAACUCAUGUGUUUACAUUUGUGGUGACCAAGUCAGUAACUCGUGAUCCGGAUCGGGAUGUUACAUCUAAAGAAUUUGCUUGUGGCCAUCAAAAAUGGUCAAUCACAUUCUCACGAACUGACAAGAUGUUAGGUGCGUACUUAGUGUGGAAGAGUGCUUCCGAGUCGGUGAGAGUUUAUGUGGAUUUUACAUUCACUAUACUCAACCGUGAACAUUUCAGUGUGAACGAAUCAUUUGCUGGGAAACAAGUGAAGUUUACGACGGACUGCCCGGCCCAGGGGAACCGAAACUACAUACCGGUCAGCGACCUGUACGGUCGAAACUUCACGGACGCGAACGGCGAGUUCCAGCUGGAAUUGUCCAUCGGUCACGUGCGCACGCUGUACGACACGGAGUUCUGCGUGCCCACGUCGCUCACGUCCCGGCUGAUGCACCACCACCACCAGAUCCAGAAUCACCACAACCCGGCGGCCGGAAACGCGCUCCAGCACCAGUACGGCACGGCGUCGCCCAGGGGCACCAAGUGCAAGCUGGAGACCUCGUACUUCACGUUCGGCGGGUUCGACUGGAACUUGGCGCUGUACCCACACGGCGUAAAAGACGUUUCGUGUACUUCGGUUGAAGGCCGAAUGUCAGUAUAUUUGAAUCGUUGCACAGGAUUUGAUCAUCAAUGCCGUGUUCGAUACAUGUUAGUUUUGGGCGAUGGAGAAAAACGUCUGGACUCGGGAAUAUUGGAUGAUGUGUCGGAUUCAGAUGGAAAAAGCUAUGGUUGGCAUCCCAGAUAUAAGUUUUCCGAGCUUGUUACAAAGGGCACAAUUCGGGUACAUCUCGAGAUGUUAUUGGCAAACACCUUGAGUGAAGUAAUAUCCAGCAUAGUGAUAACGGGCAUAAACCAGCACGGGGUGUCGUCAGCAGCGACUAGUGGCGUGGUGGCGUCACCCACGAAAACGCAAUGUUAUGAUCGGGACAAGCACGCGUGGUCUAUAAGGAGCGAUUGCCAAUCAGAAACGGUCCGACUUCAUAUGGUCUACAAGGACAUCCAGAACGUGCCCAGAAAUCAUCUCAGGUAUGUUUGUUGGACGGCGUACCUGCUACGUUACCACGGAAAAACGGGCCAUGUGGAACCGGUGCCAUUGCCAGGUGCACCAUUUAGCCACUAUUACGCAACUGACGCCACUGACGAAGGGAUUAUAAUGGAAACCGACAUAAGCGUCAAAGAGCUCCGCGAUUCAGGUUGUCCUUUUUUAACAGACAAAGGACAAUUGAGGGUACAAGUCGAAUGGGAAGAAAGCUAUUUACUGUUCCAAGCCACAUACCAUAAAUAUGACGACGUCAGUAGAACUCACAACUAUCAGAUGAGGCGCGAGAUCACAGCUCUGCAGGCCGAAAACUACAGCCUGGAACGGCAGUUGUUCAGCUACCAGAAGAGCAUGUCGCUCGUGCAGAGUCGGGGCACCACGUACUCGGACGACCUGGACCCGUCGGACGUCGGCGACGGCGGCGGCGCGUCCCCGGUGGACGAUCGCGACGUCCAUCUGCACCACCAGCACCAGCACCAAGGCGGCGGCGGCGGCGGUGGCGGAGGAGUUGGCGGCGGCGGCAGUGUGUUCUACGACGACGGCGCUCCGAUGCAGCAGUUGCAGUCCGCGGUGGUCGUCGGCCCGGACGGCUACCCGCUGGCCCAGCACCACCAGCACCACCACCAGCAGCAACAGCAGCAGCACCCGCGCCCGCCGCACCAUCAGCUGCACCAUCACCACCCGCUGCCGCAGCCGCCGCAGCAGCACCACCACCACCACACAUGAGGUCGGCUGUCGUUCCACGAGACCGACGACGGCCACCGCCACGUGCCGCACUACCGGCACUCGGACGGCGGCGGUGGCCCGGCCACGUGGACGUCGAUGGCCAGCAACGCGGUCACUACAGUGUUCAAGAAGGCCCAGAGA